AUGGCAGUUAGAGGUAUCUCCCUGACUCUCCACCUGCUCUUCCUCCUCCGCCUCCUGCUCCUCCUGCCAGUCAUCACCACCCAAUCCCAAACCAUACUCAACAUCACCAACCGAUGCCCCUACACCGUAUGGCCGGCCGCUUUCCCGGUGGGCGGCGGCAGGCGGCUGCAGCCUGGCAAGACAUGGACCCUCAAGGUGCCCUAUGCCACCCGUGGAGGAAGCGUGUGGGCACGCACAGGCUGCUCGUUUGACGGCAAAGGCCACGGGUCAUGCCAGACAGGCGACUGCCAAGGCUUGCUCACCUGCAAGGGAGAUGGUCAACCACCCUACACGUCUGCUCAAUUCUCGCUCAACCAGUACAACAACAACAGUUUCUUCGGCAUCUCCCUCUACCAGGGCUUCAAUGUACCCAUGGAGUUCCUGCCAAUGCCGGUCAAGGGACAAGGAGGACCAGGGUGCAGAAAGGGGCCCCACUGUGGGGCCAACAUCACGUCACAGUGUCCGAGCGAGCUCAAGGCACCGGGAGGCUGCAACAGCGCAUGUACAGUGUUCCAGGAGCAGAAUAAUUAUAUGUACUGCUGCGAGAGAAAUUGUGAAUCCAACAAAUACUCGGCCUUCUUUGUGCGGAUGUGCCCGGAGGCAAUAAGCUACUCCAGUGAUGCUGCCACAGAUACUUCAUUCAGCUGCCCAUUUGAUACCGACUACCAGGUCAUCUUCUGCCCACCGGUCAAUCUAACGUCUUCACCUCCAAGUCCUCCUAACUCAGCUGAUCUUAGGCCACUACGCAAAGGACCCUCAAUAGGCACUUCUGUUUCAGUUGCAAUUGCAGGUGCCAUAGGUUUAAUAAUCGUCACAUUCAUCUUUUUCAUCAUACGUCGAAGAGGAACACGACGACACCAUGAGAUGACAGAUGAGGAGGCAGAGUUUGAUCAGCUACAAGGAACACCAAUGAGGUUUACGUUUCAACAGUUAGAAGCAGCAACAGAGCAAUUCAAGGACAAGCUCGGGGAAGGAGGAUUUGGGUCUGUUUUCGAAGGGCAGCUAGGCGAGGAAAGGAUUGCGGUAAAACGUUUGGAUCGAGCUGGUCAGGGAAAGAGAGAAUUCUUGGCGGAGGUUCAGACAAUCGGUAGCAUUCAUCAUAUCAAUCUGGUGAGGCUGUUUGGCUUCUGUGCAGAGAAAUCCCAUAGGCUCUUGGUUUAUGAGUAUAUGCCAAAAGGAUCCUUGGACAGGUGGAUCUAUGGUCGACAUGAAAAUAGUGCUCCUCCGUUAGAAUGGAGGGUGCGAUGCAAGAUUAUCGCUGACAUAGCUAAGGGCCUGUCUUAUCUUCAUGAGGAUUGCAUGAAGAGAAUUGCUCAUUUGGAUGUCAAGCCACAAAAUAUCCUCUUAGAUGAUGACUUCAAUGCUAAACUUUCCGAUUUUGGACUAUGCAAGCUCAUUGAUAGGGAUAUGAGUCAAGUGGUUACAAGAAUGAGAGGCACACCUGGUUAUCUAGCCCCUGAAUGGUUGACGUCACAAAUCACGGAGAAGGCCGAUGUCUAUAGCUUUGGCGUUGUGGUCAUGGAAAUCGUGAGCGGAAGAAAGAACCUCGACACUUCCCUGUCUGAAGAGAGCAUCCAUCUUAUUACCCUAUUGGAAGAAAAGGUGAAGAACAAUCACUUGGAAGAUUUGAUUGACAAGAGCAGUAACGACAUGCAAGCACACGAGCAAGAUGUGAUUCAGAUGAUGAAGCUCGCGAUGUGGUGUUUGCAGAUUGACUGCAAAGGAAGGCCUAAAAUGUCCGAGGUGGUCAAAGUCUUGGAAGGUACCAUGGAUGCAGAGAGCAACAUAGAUCAUAACUUUGUCACAACAAAUGAACCAAAUUUCGGUAUUGCUGGAAAUGUGAACUCUUCAGCUCCACCUGUAGCCUCAGAUGUAUCGGGUCCAAGGUGA